AUGACGUCUAUCGCAAGAGGCAGGCCUUCUCGGCGCUCUGCCUCGCGCAAGAGCUAUGUGUUAGAAGAAACCACCUCCGAGUCCGAAGACCAGGGAAACGUUACCCCCACCCCAUCCAACCCCGACGAAGACGACGAAGACGAAGAAGAAUUCACGCCAGUACCCCAGAAAAGAGCACCUGCGAGAGGGUCACGCAGACGAGUAACGUCUGAGACGCCCACUGCGCAGGUCACCCGGAGACCACGGAGGUCGAAAACGGGAGAACCGCCAGAGUCAGAGACAUCUUCGCCUGCUGAUCCGAGCGAAGAAGGCGAGUCGGUUGCGAGCGCGCAAGACGAAAACGAGUCACCGAACACGGCGAUAAAGCGAAAGAGUAUGGAGCCUGAAGAGCCGGAGUCUCCUUCACGUACCGCGGCAAUGAAAAGAAAAAGUAUGGCCCGCAAGAGUCGUGUCUCCUCUACACCCAACCCGGAAAAGUCCUCACUCCCAACUCCAGAGCCCUCGCUUUCGCCGCAAUCUCAACCGCACUCCCAGCGAGAUAGCGUACCUCCGCUCGCCGAUAUCACAGAAUCCGCGGUGAACCAGACGCCCGCGAAACCCGCCGAGGAGCUAAAGUCGCAAGUUUCCAUCAUCAACCCGAAUACCACCAUCCUCGAUAAACCCAUGGACAUCAUGUUAAAAUCGCGGACCCUCGGUCCUCAAAUGCCUGAGGAACCACAAGGUCCCAAGAGCCGUCUCAUGAUGACUACCUUGGUUUUGAAUAACUUCAAGAGUUACGCAGGAAAACAGAUAGUAGGGCCCUUCCACGCAUCGUUCUCCUCCGUCGUCGGUCCCAACGGAUCCGGAAAAUCGAACGUGAUUGACGCCCUGUUAUUUGUAUUCGGAUUUCGAGCCAGCAAAAUGCGACAAGGCAAGAUCUCUGCUUUGAUCCAUAACUCGGCUAGCCACCCAAGUCUGCCGUACUGUGAAGUCGAAGUUUGUUUCCAAGAAGUUACUGACCUGCCCGGUGGCGAGCAUGAAGUAGUACCAGAUUCCCAACUGAUUAUCUCACGCAAGGCCUUUAAGAACAACUCCAGCAAGUAUUAUAUGGACGGAAAGGAGACGAACUUUACGACUGUUACGAAUCUCCUUCGCGAGCGUGGAAUCGACCUGGACCACAAACGUUUCUUGAUCCUUCAAGGUGAAGUUGAGUCCAUUGCUCAAAUGAAGGCCAAGGCUGCAAACGAGCAUGAGGACGGACUUUUGGAAUAUCUGGAAGAUAUUAUUGGCACCUCGAAAUACAAGCAACCUAUUGAGGAGGCUGCAGCUGAACUCGAAACGCUUAACGAUGUAUGUGUCGAAAAGAACAACCGUGUUCAGCAUGUCGAAAAGGAGAAGACCUCCCUUGUCGAUAAGAAGGACCAAGCCCUUGCGUACAUUCGUGAGGAAAAUGAGUUGGCCCAGAAACAAUCAGCGCUGUACCAGAUCUAUAUCGAUGAAUGUGCCGACAAUCUCCGGGUCACGGAGGAGGCCAUACUCCAGAUGCAAGAGCUCCUAAACCUUGAGCUUGAAAAGCACGAAGGCAACGAGUCUGGAAUCAAAGAGCUGGAAAAAGUAUACAAACGUGCUACAAAGGAGUAUGAACGUAUGGAGAAAGAGACGCAGGAAUUAGCAAAGGGCAUGGCCAAGUAUGACAAGGAAUCUGUGAAGUUUGAAGAGAAGAAGAAAUUCUUGGUUGGGAAACAGAAGAAGCUGGAAAAGGCCAUGACCACUGCCCGCCAUGCCGCAUCAGAAUGCCAGAGCUUGGUACAAAAACACAGCGAUGAUAUCGAAAAUAAGAGCAAGGAGGUUGCGGGUUUCGAAAAAGAGGUUGAGGUGGAGGAGCAGGAACUCUCGACAAUCCGCGAUGGCCUAAAAGGCAAAACUCAAGGCCUCUCGGACCAGAUUGCCGUGAAGCAAAAAUCCCUGGAGCCAUGGGAUGAGAAGAUCAACAAGAAACAGUCCGCACUUGCUGUGGCACAAAGUGAACUUGAUAUUCUACGGGAAAAAAGCAAUUCUGGGGCUGUUCUGCUCGAGGAGGCGCAAUCAAAGAUUUCAUCAAUCGAAGAGUCCAUUGCUCGGAAGGAAGAGGACCUUGAAGAAUCCAAGGCCCAAAGAUCAGGUCUUGACGACGAUGUCGCACAGCUGAAGAAUGACCUCAAGAAAUAUAGCGUCAAGGAACCAGAUGUUCGCGCCCAUGUCUCUAACGCUCGCCAAAAGGCUGAGGAGGCUAGAGCCAGUGUUGCGAAUACGCAAAAUCGUGGAAGUGUCUUGACCGGUCUUAUGCGUCUUAAGGAAUCUGGCCGUAUUGAAGGGUUCCACGGUCGACUUGGGAAUCUCGGCACAAUUGAUGAGAAAUACGAUGUUGCAAUUUCUACAGCUUGCCCUGCGCUCGAGAACAUGGUUGUCGACACUGUCGAGGUCGGACAGCAAUGUAUCGAUUACUUGCGAAAGAACAACCUUGGUCGUGCCAACUUUAUCCUCCUGGACCGUCUCCCCAAGCGUGAUCUGAACACGAUCCUUACUCCCGACAAUGUCCCCCGUCUCUUUGACCUGGUGAAGCCAAAGGACCCGAAAUUUGCUCCGGCGUUUUACAGUGUGAUGCAAAACACUCUAGUCGCCAAGGACCUCGAGCAAGCCAACCGAAUCGCCUACGGCGCGAGGCGUUGGAGAGUCGUCACACUUGACGGUCAGCUCAUCGACACUUCCGGUACAAUGAGUGGUGGUGGUACUCGUGUUGCUCGCGGUGCCAUGUCAUCUAAACAGGUUGGCGACAUUAGCAAGGAGCAACUUGUGCAGAUGGAGGGUGACCUCGAAGAGAUGGAGAGGAAGUUCCAGCAUUUCCAAGAGAAGCAAAGGCGAGUAGAGGCAGCUCUGCGGGAGAAGACCGAAGAGAUUCCCCGGGCAGAAACGAAGAUCCAAAAGAUUAUGAUCGAAAUCGACAGUGCGAAACGCAGCCGGACUGACGCCGAACGGCGUGUUCAGGAGCUAAGUGCAGCGCAUGUGCCGUCAAAGACUGAUGCAGGCCGGGUCAAGGCUCUUGAGGAACAAAUCUCAAGUAUCGAGGAGCAGAUCGAGGAUCUUCGCUCGCAAAAGGGUGGAAUCGAAGAAGAGAUCCAGGAACUUCAAAACAAGAUCAUGGAGGUUGGUGGUGUCAGACUACGCAGCCAGAAAGCCAAGGUCGACGGGCUUAAGGAGCAGAUCAGCCUCCUGUCUGAUGAAAUCUCUAACGCAGAGGUUGCUAAGUCUAAGAACGAGAAACUCAUAAAGAAGCACGAGAAGUCUCGGGCAGAUGCUGAGAAGGAACUUGCACACAUGGCUGAAGAACUCGAGAAGCUGAACGAGGAUGUGACCAACCAAGCCAGCGACGCGUCUGGGUGGAAGCAGAAGGUGGAUGAGGCACAGGAUGCCCUUGAUGCCAAAAAAGCCGAGCUCAAAACUAUGAAGGGCGAAUUGGAUGAAAAGGUAGCAGAACUGAACGAAACUCGAGCAUCGGAGAUUGAGAUGCGCAACAAGCUCGAGGAGAACCAGAAAGCUCUGUCGGAGAACGAAAAGCGUAGUCGCUACUGGCAAGACAAGCUAUCCAAGCUGACGAUACAAAACGUCAGCGACUUAGGCGAGGAACAACAGCCUAGCGAGCUCCAGACGUUCACCAAGGACGAGUUAUCUGAGAUGAACAAGGACUCCUUGAAGGCAGUUAUCGCAGCCCUGGAAGAGAAGACGCAAAACUCAUCACUCGACCUUUCCGUGAUCGAGGAAUAUCGCCGUAGAGCCGCGGAGCACGAGUCACGUUCGGCUGAUCUUGCAACCGCUCUCAGCAGCCGGGAUAGUGCUAAAUCUCGUCUGGACGGACUGCGGUCUUCUCGUUUGAAUGGCUUCAUGGAGGGCUUUGGUAUCAUCUCUCUUCGUCUCAAGGAGAUGUACCAAAUGAUCACCAUGGGUGGUAAUGCCGAGCUAGAGCUGGUGGACUCCCUUGAUCCGUUCUCCGAGGGCAUUCUCUUCUCAGUGAUGCCGCCCAAGAAAAGUUGGAAGAAUAUUGGUAACUUGUCCGGUGGUGAGAAGACACUCUCUAGUCUUGCACUGGUCUUUGCUCUGCACCACUAUAAGCCUACGCCGCUGUAUGUUAUGGACGAGAUUGAUGCGGCGCUGGAUUUCCGAAACGUUUCUAUUGUGGCAUCUUAUAUCAAGGAGCGGACCAAGAACGCGCAAUUUGUGGUCAUUUCCCUAAGAAACAACAUGUUUGAACUCGCAUCCCGACUUGUUGGCGUGUACAAGGUCAGCCACAUGACCAAGAGUGUGACGAUCGAGAACAGAGACUACAUUACAGGCCGAUGA